CUAACAUAGAUCCAUGAGUCAGUAGCUACCUUGAAGGGAAGCAUGACCAGGAGGAGAGCGGGCUACCACCUCCGCCUGUGUGCUGACUGACUGAUGGGGCCAGUGGACUCGUCCCCGGAGCUUGAAACGAGGUGAAGAACCAGAGCCAAGUCAACAAGCCGCGGGUAGAGAAGAUUCCCUCCAGUGGAUUCAUUGAAUGUGGCUCUCAAUGCAUACAUGCAUUAUGGUGAACAGUUAAAGACUUUCCAGCAUAUUGUCAGUUGAAAACAGUGGUAAGAUGCUAUCAAUCAAGCAAGAGGUGGACUCCAGUGAGUCCUACAGUGGAGAGGUUUCCCUAGUCCUGGCCCUAGAGGGGGCUAACAGAGACCUGAUGGGCCACACAAUAUCUGCCAUUCCAUUUAAGGCUAAAAUUAGCUGUCGCAGGAAAAGGGAGUUUAUCCCAGAGGAGAGGAAAGACAACAUAUACUGGGAGCGACGUCGCAAAAACAAUGAGGCGGCCAAGCGCUCAAGGGAGAAGCGGCGAAUUAACGACAUGGUGCUGGAGACCAAGCUGAUGGCCCUUGGAGAGGAAAAUGCCUCCCUCAAAGCUGAGCUCCUGUCAGUGAAGCUGAAGUUUGGCCUGUUGAGCUCAGCUGCAUAUGCCCAAGAAGCCAAGAAGUUAUCCAGCUCCGCCACUGUCAAUCUUUACCAGGAGUUGGUAACACCCACCGAUGAUCAAGGUUCUUCCAGCAGAGAUUUGGAGUCUCUUCAUUUGCGUAGUAGCUGUAUAUCAGUCAUAAAGCAUUCACCUCCCAUGCCUGAGACAUGCACUGCAACUCAGGGUAGCUUCAAUGUCUGCAAUACCACAGAGGUCAAGCAAGAACCCUCGGAGAAUGGUAGCUAUGCACAGGAGAGGAGUAGUCCCUAUGAGCUCUAUAGAAACUACAUAGCCAGUCCUUUGUCUGGUGUUUACUCCCAGCCAGCUUCAUUACUGCAGGUCACCAGGUCAUCCAGUAACUCCCCCCGGACCUCAGAUGAUGGUGCUGUAGGCAAAUCCUCAGAUGGUGAGGAUGAGCAGCAAGUCCCCAAAGGGUUCAUGCCAUCUACAGCUGGCCCAACAAGUGUCAUUGUCUCCACACACAAAGUGCCGGAGACCACUUCUUCAGCUUUGCCCCAUAAACUGCGGAUUAAAGCCAGAACCACUCAAAUCAAAGUGGAGACCAUUGACUCUGAAUAUGAGUUCUCUGGAAAAUCCUCAACUCCGGGCAGCAUAACAGAGGGAGGACACUGGCAGACCAUUCACGACUCUUCAGAGUACCCACAGUCCCCCCUGUGCCCUUUGUCAGUACAGGUCACCAACAUGCAGGGCUGGAGCCACCGGUCUGAGCAGUGGCACAGAAGCAGCACAGAUGCACUGUGGGAUGGCUGCAAGAGUAGCAGGCGAACCUGGAGCCCCAUCUCAAACAAAGCUGCCGUAGAUGUAGAAGAACCUUCCAAUGCAAACUCACAUGCUGAGCACUUGAAUAUAAAACAGGACCUUGCCUCCCUUUCUGCUAAAGUGGUCUCUUUUGAAAAGACUAACGGCAACAUAGCAAGAUUCUGUGAUAGAGUCCAACAGAAGCACCACUGAUGAUCAUGCGUCAUCAAAGGGAUGUUCCUCAAAAUAUCCUUGGUUUUGCAUUUCCAUUUCAUUUGCUGUUGCACUGUGUGGUUACUAGGGUUAAAUCAUGUUUCCAUUAAUGUAAGUUUUCAAAUAAAAUGUGUUGACAUAAUGGCAGAGUCUAAACUUGUAGACCGCUCACUGUAACAAGCUGAGAGGUAUAGUUACAAAAGAAUCAGUGCACAAUACAGCUCCACAACAGAGCUGUGGCUGCUCCUCAGCGUCUCUUUUCGAACACAAUGUUUUCAUUUAUUGCUUAUUAUGGCGGUGUUUCUAACCCCUGUUCCGUUAUCACCAAUGGGAAUUAAUAGUUCCUGAAAUAUUAAAAGCCUACCCGGAAACAGCGGCCUCUAAGGAAGGAUUUUUAUUGGAAAUAUCUGGAGAGUUUCAUUGUGAAUAGUUUGAUCAGGAUUAGUGAAGCGAAAGCAACUGAAACGAAUUCUGAAUGGAAUCAAAGUUUCUGUUGAGAAACCUGAUAAUAAUAAUAACUUGGAUUUAUAUAGUGCCCUUUUUCAAAUUACCGAAGGCCACUUUACAGAGUCAGAAAAAGGUUCCAUAAAUAAUUAGAUUUAUUUAAACACGAUUAGAUCAGAAAGUGGGAGGAACCUCUUGAAAUAUAACAUGGCUGUGGAAAGGCAAAUAAGAGGCCCACCUGAUAUCAAUCUGCUUCAGCCUUGUUCUCUCUGCAGAGCAGAUUGACCAAAUGAAGAUUUGAGAAUUGUAAAUUCAUCACAGACAUCACUGUAGCACUUAAACCCACAGAUCUAUUGUGUAAUGAAAUAUGGUUAUUGUAUUGAGCAAAUUGUACAGUCCAUGCCUGUGCUUUAAGGGAUAUCUUGUGCUUUAUUUGAUAGGUUUGUCAUUUCAGAAUAAUCAAUGUCAUGACACUUCCUUUAAGGAGCUCUGUAGUUUGGGUUGUAUUAAUGGAGAGUAGAUUUUGAAUUGGCACAUUUCCAUUUAUUGUGGGGCAGAAUAGGCCUUGCAGUUGACUCAGAUUGAGGUGGGAUCACAUUCUUACCACAUGCAAACAAGUUUGUGCGGUUUGUGACUUUCCUCAGUGAGGUUAUUUAGGUUUGUACUGUCUUACUCAUCUGCACUUAACUAAGCACCAUUUACAGCUUCAAUAUUUUCCCUUGUGUCAAAGUGCAGUAAAUGUGCCCUUAUUUUUUCUUCAUUUAAUGUUUUUUUUUUUUACUUCGUUGACGCAUUUUCACUCAAAAUGUCCUGAUUAGAACAUCUUUGAGAAUGGCAAGUCUUCAUACUGCUACAGAGACUGAUGAUUUAUGCAAAUAUGAGUUAACUUUUAAAUGAUCUGCUACUGUCACUGCUUCACUGUUUGCCAAACAGCCAUGGCUCUUGCUCUCUCUUUAUUUAAUAGUCUUGUUAGCUUCCAGCCUGCUGGUAAAACUGACAGUGUGUGACACUGGCGGGACAACUGUGACUACCUUAUGAUGGAAGUCACAACUGGACUUUAUAAAGCACUGACAUUUAUUCUGUUACAUUUCAGUGAACAAAUCAUUUUCUAAAUUGUUUCCAGAGAUUCUGCAUUACAGCCUCACAAUUAAUUCUAUUAUUACAGGUAAUUUCAAAUGAAUGAUGUUUGCAUUUGUUGUCAUACUUUGGACAAUCUCGUUGAUGACCACUUUCAUCAAGUUAUUGUUACGGUUAUUGUCUUGUUUACAAUAAAUGUCUUCUCACUGA